AGCUUGGUCAGUGCAAUGGGCCCCAUACCCGUGUGUGUCCUGCUCUCCGUGGCGCUGUGUGUCCUGGCGGUGCGGAGUGUGAACGCGGAGGAUGAGGACGACAGCUACACCUGGCCGCAGUGGAAUGUGCCUCUGGUCCGUGAGAAGCGGACGGUGCGCCUGAGCAGCACAGCCUUCUCCGCCCACCCCCAGGGCGAGCUGCACGGCACCUGCGGGAUCGAGUGCCAGCAGGGCCUGCCGGACCCCAGCGUGUCUGAGCUGGAGCGCCUGCUCUCCUACGAGACGGUGUACGAGAACGGCACUCGCACGCUCACCACCGUCGCCCUGCAGGGGCUCAACGAGGCACAGGCCUGGCCCGGAAAACUCCCCGGCCACUCGCGUCGCAAGCGAGAGGUCUACGGCGUCGACACGCGCUUCACUAUCGCCGACAAGCAGUUUUCCACCAAGUACCCCUUCUCCACGACGGUGAAGAUCUCCACGGGCUGCUCGGGCGUGCUGGUGUCGCCGAAGCACGUGCUGACGGCUGCCCACUGCAUCCAUGACGGCCGCGACUACGUGAGCGGAGCGCAGAAGCUGCGCGUGGGCGUGCUGAAAGAGCGUUCCCGCCGCCGAGGGAAAGGAGGAGGGAAGGGCCGUGGGCGCGGGAGAGGACGCAAGAGAAAGGGAGAGGAGGAGAACGAUGACGCUGACGACAACGAGGCUGAUGGUGGAGAACCCGAGGAAGGGAAGGGGGAGAGGCAGGGCAGACGCAAGGGCAGGAAAGGUCGCAGUCGUAGCCGGCGUAGCGCAGACUCUGGCCAGCCCUCUUUCCGCUGGACCACCGUGAAGCAGACGCAAGUCCCCAAGGGCUGGUUCAAGGGGGGGUCCCAGAAUGUUUCAGCUGACUACGACUAUGCCAUCUUGGAGCUGAAGAGAUCCCAGAAGACCCGCUUCAUGGAUCUAGGCAUCGUCCCGUCCAUCAAGAAGCUGCCCGCCGGACGCAUCCACUUCUCGGGCUUUGACGACGACCGACCAGACCAGCUGGUGUACCGCUUCUGCGCUGUAUCCGAGGAGUCCAACGACCUGCUGUACCAAUACUGCGAUGCCAAGCCGGGCUCCAGCGGCUCAGGCAUCUACGUCCGCCUGAAGGAGCCCGGCAAGAAGCAGUGGAAGCGUAAGAUCAUCGGCGUCUUCUCCGGGCACCAGUGGGUGGACGUGAAUGGCGCACAGCAGGACUACAACGUGGCCGUUCGCAUCACGCCCCUCAAGUUCGCUCAGAUCUGUCACUGGGUCCACGGUGACUCCAGCAUCUGCAAGGCCACCUGAGCACAGGUAAACCACCAAACGCCUCCCCGUACUGCUCAUUUAACUCCUCACUAAGUUACCUCCCGUGCCUCCUCUUCACCCUCGAUAGAAGCCCGACUCAGGAACGGAUAUGGGCCAGGUCUGGGCCGGGCCUAAUCUGGGAUCAACUGCUAUCGUGGCCAGUAGUCCUCCACAGUCACGGCAGACCACCAUCGCCUCGUUGCAACAGUUGCACACCAGUGACUACACAGACAUGUCUGUUGAUAGCAGAACUCGUCAAGAGAUAAUAAGAAGAAUAACGUUUCUUCAGUUUUUUGUUUUUUUUAUUUAUUUAAUUUUGAAAAACAAACACGCUUCUGAAAAAUCACAGUGCCAAGACUGGACUUAGAAUUAGUUUGUUUGCUGUUUCUCUUUAAAGGCAGUACAUUUUCACCAAGUUUCAGUGAGUUUAUGACAACUUUUCUGAACUAAAGCAUUUGCUUCUUUGUAUUUGUUUUUGUCCACCUGCAUUUUCUGUUCUGUCUGUUAAAGACUACCCAGCCACAUCUUAAUCAGUGUUGCUUUGUAAAAUGGGAGGCUUUCACUUUUCUUUUUGCCUGUCUUUCUACGUGUGUUGAAUUAAUAAUAUAGGUAGGCGAUGGCUUUAUAAAAAUAUGACACAGAAAAAUGUCUUUUUCUGAGAAAAUAAAAACCCUUGGUGUACA